GACCUCUGUACAGUACUGCUCUGGUGGAUAUUUGCGACUCACGGCCAUGCCCACUUCCCCGACUCGACAUACGCAGUGUACAAACUCUGUCGGACAAACUCCGCUUUCUUUCCGCAGUUAGUAGACAGACUCAACGCGCAGCAAGGCAGCAUCGCAGUUUGACUUAGAAUCAACUCCAGCCCAGCCACUCGUCUUGUAAUCACAAUCAGUGGUGCUAGCGCCCAGCUCGAGUGGCGGUCGACCUGUGUGAGGAAAAGCGUGGCAACAUGCCACUGGGAGCCGCACGGCAACUAGAAGUACUACAACUCCGCGACUCGUAGAUCUGCACGCGCUCUCUCGCUGGAGGACUGCUUGCCGCCGUUGCCAGCCUUGCUGACGGGUCGUACGGUGGUUUCGUGGCAGCAGCAGGCGCAGCAUUGCUCGUUGUAUGGUUUGGGUCCGGCACUCAGCGUCCUCCCCAUGUGCCCAUCUGCCCGCGCACCAUGCUGAGAACAACCCCAGCACACGGCAUGUGGGGCAGCCGUGUGUGCCAUCCCACACACACACGCUGCCGUCACCUGGUGCUGCUGCCGCUGCUGCUGGCAGUGCUGUGCGCGGGUGGGGGGGUGUCUGCCCAGUGGCUGCAGAACUCCCAAAGUACGCUCUUGCUAUGCAUGUCUGUCACUGCUGCUGUGGAUGGAUUUCUACGUCAGAGGCCCUUGUCUCCAACUUCUUUUUUGUACAUCGCAAAAAGUGCAACGUUAGCGGAUCGUUUACGCCAUUCGAAGCUGGCCGCAUAGUCGGAAAUCGUCCGCCAGGUGUUCGCCAAGUGUUUUUUUCCUGUUUCGUUUAACGUAAAUGGUUUGCGAGUCUUCCGCGAAUGAGUUGUUUCGCGAAUGAGUUGUUUUGUAAAUGUUACACCUUGAUAAUAAUCUUGUUCUGAUGGC